AUGACAACCGAGACUGUUCACAGCGCUGACACGCAGUUUGAGAGCCGAGUGCUACCAGCGGCCGAAGACCUACCUCUAGACAAUGGCUAUCCCUCGCAAGAAGAUCUCGAGAUCUCGAACAUCAACGAGGUCGAGGAACUGGGCGAGACGCUAGACACACCUGUGUCUCCACACGCCUGCGCCUACUGCAGUUUGGACUCUCCAAGGUCCGUGGUGAAAUGCAACAUCUGCAACAAGUGGUUCUGCAAUUCCAAAAAUGGGACUUCAACAUCGCACAUCAUCAAUCAUUUCGUGCUCUCGCACCACAGCAGUGUUUCUUUGCACCCAGACUCGGACCUGGGCGACACCGUACUUGAAUGCUACAACUGCGGCUGCAAAAACGUCUUUGUGUUGGGUUUUGUGCCCGCCAAAAGUGAAGCAGUGGUGGUCAUUCUAUGCCGUCUGCCCUGUGCACAGACCAAGAACGUCAGCUGGGACACUGACCAAUGGCAGCCCUUGAUAGAAAACCGUCAGUUUUUGUCGUGGGUUGCUGAGGAACCGACAGACGAAGAAUUGCUUCGAGCAAGAAUGAUUUCGCCAAGUCAAAUCUCCAAACUGGAGGCUAAAUGGCGAUCAAACAAGGACGCCACCAUAAAUGAUAUAGACGUUCCGGAUGGCAGAGAAGAAGUUCCCCAUGUUCUUAUGAGAUAUGCCGAUGCAUAUCAAUACCAAAGGUCUUUUGCCCCACUAGUGAAAAUCGAGGCUGACUAUGACAAGCAUUUGAAAGAAUCCCAGGCUCUAGAACACAUCUCUGUGUCAUGGACCUUAGCACUCAAUAAUCGGCAUUUGGCAUCUUUCGCUUUAUCAACUUUUGAAUCGAAUGGAUUGAAAGUCGCAGUUGGUGAUGAGAUGAUUUUGAGAUACUCAGGCGUUCAGCAUCCUGAGUGGGAAGGGCGUGGAUAUAUAGUGCGCCUCCCCAACAGCUUCCAAGAUCAACUAACCUUAGAGCUGAAACCUAACAAAAGCCUCCCACCCACACAUCUCAAUACAGGCUUCACUGCCGAAUUUGUGUGGAAAGGAACUUCUUACGAUCGUAUGCAAGAAGCAAUGAAGAAGUUCGCAGUCGUCAAGAAAUCUGUUUCAGGCUUCCUCUACUAUAAGAUUCUUGGACACGACGUGCCUGAUCUAGAGUUUGACGUUGAAAUGCCCGCUCAAUUCAGUAUACCACAUUUCACUCAACUCAACGUUUCUCAAGCAAACGCCAUCCGCCACGUAUUGCAGCGCCCGCUGUCUUUAAUUCAAGGUCCUCCAGGUACAGGAAAGACCGUGACUUCUGCAACGAUUGUCUACCAUCUAUCCAAAUUGCACAAGGAACGAAUUCUUGUGUGUGCACCUUCAAACGUAGCAGUGGACCACCUCGCAGCCAAACUUCGUGAUUUAGGGCUGAAAGUCGUCCGUCUCACUGCUAAAAGUAGAGAGGACGUUGAAAGCUCAGUUUCCAAUUUGGGUUUGCAUAACUUGGUUUCUCGAUCUGCUAAAGGUGAACUAAAAAAGCUUCUCAAACUCAAAGAAGAUGUAGGCGAGCUAUCAUCCACUGACACUAAAAAAUUCGUUAAGCAGGUUAGAAAGUCUGAACUGGAAAUUCUGAGGAAGGCGGACGUAGUGUGUUGUACAUGUGUUGGCGCUGGUGACAAAAGGUUGGAAGCUAAGUUCAGGACCGUUUUGAUCGACGAAAGUACUCAGGCCUCAGAGCCGGAAUGUUUAAUUCCCAUUGUCAAGGGUGCUAAACAAGUCAUUCUUGUUGGUGACCAUCAACAGCUGGGACCUGUCAUCCUCGACCGAAAAGCGGCUGACGCAGGCCUCAAGCAAUCACUUUUCGAAAGACUCAUUUCUUUGGGUCAUGUUCCUAUCCGCCUUGAAGUACAAUAUCGUAUGAACCCUCACUUAAGUGAAUUUCCUAGCAAUAUGUUUUACGAAGGAAGUCUACAAAAUGGUGUUACAAUCGAACAGCGUACUGUGGAUAACAGCACAUUUCCAUGGCCAAUUCACGGUUUACCCAUGAUGUUCUGGUCUAAUUACGGCAGGGAAGAGAUUUCCGGAAACGGUACGUCUUACCUCAAUAGAAUUGAGGCCAUGAAUUGCGAGCGAGUCAUCACCAAACUUUUCAGAGAUGGUGUGAAGCCCGACCAAAUUGGAGUGAUCACCCCCUAUGAGGGUCAACGUGCUUACAUUGUCCAGUACAUGCAAAUGAGUGGAUCCAUGGAUAAGGACCUCUACAUGAACGUAGAGGUUGCCUCAGUGGAUGCCUUCCAAGGUCGCGAAAAGGACUACAUAAUUUUAUCUUGCGUGCGUGCCAACGAACAGCAAGCUAUUGGGUUCUUAAGCGACCCUCGUCGUUUGAAUGUCGCUCUCACGCGGUCGAAGUAUGGGCUCGUCAUCUUAGGAAAUCCAAGAUCACUCUCCAGAAAUAGUUUGUGGAGCCACCUUCUAGUUUACUUCAGACAAAAAGGGUGCUUGGUAGAGGGUGCACUUGACAAUUUGCAACUUUGCACCGUCCAGCUCACUAGAUCAGCCAAUGCAAGAGCUGUACGGAAGCCAAACUUUGACAAAUCGCGCUUCAAUAAUGUUUCUGACUUUGGCAAGGUGAACUUUGCAGAUUUCGAUACUCAGAGUUUGAUGUCCUAUGGGGGCGCUGACGAAUUCGAUAUAACUGGUAAUGGCCAGUUGAAUUCUUUUCUGAACAACUACUCGUCUUUUUCUCAGCCAGUACAACCACAGACAGCGAUUGACGCUAACACCUUCGACGGAACCAUCAACUUUGACUCAAGCCUGGCUCGCGGCUUGCAGGAAUAUAGCGCCACUUCGAAAUUCGAGAACACAGUCAUUGACGAAGGUGAUGUUAAGUGUGUGGAGGGGAUGAAAAAUCUUCGCAUUUAA